AUGGCUGCAGAACUGGCUGAAAGAUCACGAGAGGAAUUUUCCGAUGGCUUGGUGCGGCUACUGACACAGUACAAGUCGGAUCUACGGAGCGCAUUGGACCAGUACAUGCAACAAAGUAGCGGGCCAGCUGUGGAUUCUUGUCUAGAGGAGGCUCUGCUGCAGUCUGUACGCGGCUCCAUUCAGAAAUGGAGCGUGAUGGUGCUUCAACAGUACAAAACGCACAUGCGGAGUUGGCAGGAAGAGAAGGAGAAUCUUGAUCGUGAGUAUGAGCUUUCCAAGGUGCAGGACGCAGAAACAAACGCUUCUGCGAACGACCAGAAGCGUUCAUACGAAGAUAAAUUGGCGCAUGCUACAGAGCAGCUCUCUGAACUGCGUCGAACACUCCACAGCGAACUUAACAGCAAGAAGAGUGAGCUGGAGCGUCUCACGACCGAGAUUACGACCAUGAAUCUGAAGCAUGAAGUGCGUGUGCAGAACGCCGAGAGCGACCUCGCAUGGGCUCGCAGUCGGACAGAGGAGCUGGAGAAGUGUAUCGUUGCUGACCGCCAACGUAAAGCAGAGAUCUCCGCUGCCACAGCGCAAGUUCUGGAACGCCAGCGCAGUUUCCACAAGGAAGAGCGAUCGCUGCUGGUUCAGCAGAAGGAGUUGAUGGCUCAGAUUGUCCAGUUAGAGCGCGAGCUGGUGCACAAGAAGACGAAACACGUGCAGAAGGUCUUCGGUCUGCAGAACGAGCAGGCCAAGAAGGUGGAUACGAUGCGGACGGAACAGGCCCAAUUCGAGCGACAGCUGAAAUCUCAGGCGAAAAAGGACAUGAACUCGCUCAAACUGGCGUAUGAGAAGGAGAAGAAAGCCAUACUCGCGGAGAGUGUAGCCUUGGACCAGGAGAUGGCAGACAUCCAGGAAAAGCUGGCAGUGUUUGAAGCUGAAGAAGAGGCGGCGAGGACUUCCGCCGCGGCUAGUCGAGAUUUCUUCAAGUCCAUGCCGAUGAUUUCCCUUCCGCUGAUGCAAGCUCCUGCCCCCGCUGCAGGUGAGUAUCAGCCAGCGCGGCGCACGAAAGCCUCGACGCCAAAGGACUCGAUAGCUCCGCGCCUCGUGCAGCAGAUCCUCCUCGCCCUGCGCAUCCAGCACGAAGCCCCCGAGCACCAUCUUCGAUCGUUCUAA